GCGAUUGAAGAAAAUAUCAAAGGCUCUGAUGCAGAAUUAAUAGCCAAUGUACCUGAUAUCACUCCGGAUGAUGCUGAAAUUCUUAAACAAAUUUCCACACGCUCAUUCAAUGAUAAUAUGAUAUUGCAAUGA